UAUGAAAGAGAGGUGUAUGAUAUGUUUGGGGUUUGGUUCAACAAUCACCCCGAUUUGCGAAGAAUUCUUACUGAUUAUGGUUUUGAAGGCCAUCCAUUCCGAAAAGAUUUUCCGCUUUCUGGUUACAAAGAGUUGCGAUACGAUGCGGAGUUAAAACGGGUUGUUUACGAACCUACAGAACUUGCUCAAGAAUUUCGCAAAUUUGAUCUAAAAACUCCUUGGGAAGUUUUCCCUGCGUUCAGAAAUGAGUCGAUUACUGCAGGCUAUGAACAAAUUAAUUUGGAAAAUCCAGUGAACGAAGAAGUCAAAAAAAUUGGAGAAAAUGCCGCAAAAGAGUCUAGUUAA